AUGCUGAGCUUGGGUCCCCGGCCCAGGGUGGAGGAGCCGACUGGACAUCAGCCCCCGGCCCAGGGUGGAGGAGCCGACUGGGCAUCAACCCCCGGCCCAGGGUGGAGGAGCCGACUGGGCAUCAGCCCCCGGCCCAGGGUGGAGGAGCCGACUGGGCAUCAGCCCCCGGCCCAGGGUGGAGGAGCCGACUGGACAUCAGCCCCCGGCCCAGGGUGGAGGAGCCGACUGGACAUUAGCCCCCGGCCCAGGGUGGAGGAGCCGACUGGACAUCAGCCCCCGGCCCAGGGUGGAGGAGCCGACUGGACAUCAGCCCCCGGCCCAGGGUGGAGGAGCCGACUGGACAUUAGCCCCCGGCCCAGGGUGGAGGAGCCGACUGGGCAUCAGUCCCCGGCCCAGGGUGGAGGAGCUCGGGUCCCUCUCAGCCUCCGGCCCAGGGUGGAUGAGCCGACUGGGCAUCAGUCCCCGGCCCAGGGUGGAUGA